UUAACGCCUUUCCAUCAGUUUUCUUCAGUUAACUCCGCAAUGAAGUUCAUAGUUUUUAUAUUUGUUUCGUUGGUUUUUGUGGGCCUCUUAGAGUCUAUGAUAUUUGUUAAAAAUUUACAUGAUACUAAAUAUCCCGGUCAGUGCUACCCGAUUCAUGUCCGUGUGGGCAAAAAGAAAAAGUACGACAUCUUCGCCCUCCAGCCUGGGGAGGAGGUCAACGACCCCAACACUUGCGGCACCACCGUUUGCAUGAACGCCGAAGGACUCGCCUAUGUAUACUACUGCCCUAGCACUCUUCCGAGCAGUGGCUGCCUGGUCGACCAGGCCAUGGAUACGUUGCUCAAGUUCCCAGAGUGCUGCUGGACCUGCGGAACUAGCCGGGAGUGCACCGCGGAAGAGUCCUUCCCCUCAUAUCCCUACCCACCCAAUAAGAACGCGGAGGAGUCCCAUAAAUUUUGAUUAGCAAUUUAUUCAGAAAAUAUAUAAAUGCAU